AUGACGGAUGGACCAUCAGCAUCCAAGAAAUUGAAAACGGAUGACUCCUCCCUUCCACAGUGUCCGUACGGUGCAGAAUGUUAUCGCAAAAAUCCACAACAUUUUAAAGAAUUUGUACAUCCGCCAAAAAGCCCAACUACAAGUUCAGCAAGCAGCACAACUGCUAGUGUUACUCACACUGAUCCACACAGUGUUUCUGAUGUUAUAAACUUUUCAGCAAGUUCUCAAAUGAUAUCGGAACUCCCUCUAUGCAAAUAUGGUGCCAAAUGUUACAGGAAAAAUCUUCUGCAUUUUGCGGAGUUUUCACAUCCAACAAACAAGACAGCAAAUGAUGAAAAUGGGAGUGACACAGAUGUUUAUGAUUCCGAAGAGGAAAAGGUAAUUUUUUUUCAACUAUUAUUAUUUUCUUCCUCAAAGUUAAUAAACGAUAUCAAGGCCAAGGUUUCAAGUCAUUCAUAGUAUAGGCCUAAUUGAUAAUUUCAACUUUUUGCUUUGUUAACUUUUUUUUGAAUUAGAAUCAGGGUUUUACAAUAAUAAUUAUAAAGUUUAGGCCUAAUGCUAAAUAAUUUUUAAAAUUAAAUAUUAAGUUCUUUAUUUUUUUUUGCUUAUUAUAUAUAUUAUAGAAAUAUAGAUUUUGCCAUGACAUGUUUACAUGUUUAUUUAAAAAUCCUGCUUAUUUGAUAGGAAAAGACAGAGGUGAAAAAGGGUGACAUAUUAUGCAAAGGAUUGUCACUUGUGAAAAAGUUCUCACAAAUGACAGAUGAUGAGCGUAAAGAACUGAUCAAGACAGCGUUUGAAGAAAAACUCCGACUACAGCAGGAGCUUGAAAAUGCUAAAAAGAUAGUAGCUGAGAAAGACAAGGAGCUUAGCAAUUUGCAAAAAAAGGUGUUUUUUUUAAAUUAAAUGGAUAAUGAACCACUAGGCCUAUAUUAAAUGUUAAGCUAGAAAUAACAAUUCAAAGGCUGGAUGUGCAUAUAUGUGAAGUUAAGUGAUUGUUGAGAGAUGAGAAUCACUGUGUAUUGUGUCAACUUGUUGCCAGCAUGAUUUGAGCACACAAGUUGUAUAUUUAUGGCUAACUGUCAGUGGUUGAAAGUCAAAUAACAAUAAACAUGUGUGUAUGUAUUUAUUGUGUAAAUUCAAGAGGCAAGUUAGUACUCAUUGCGCAAGUCUCCGUACAUCAGUGUUGCAGAGUGUUAGAGAUGUUUCAUGUUGCUUUGUCCAGUGUUCCCAUAGGUCAGGCAAGUGGAUGUUUGUUAAAGUUCAAAUUAUUCCUUGUGGUUAUCAAGUAUACAGAUUCGUAUUUGUAAUUUUAUGUGGCAAUACACUUUAUGCUGCUUUAAAGAAAAACUGAAUUUUAUAAAACUAUGUUGUUGCUGCCUUAUGGCAUCAUUUGCAUAACUCUUAGUGAUAAGAGUGUGUUGAUCCCCUAGACAACUGUGCCAGAAGAAGAAGAGAAGUAAUAGUUAAGGGUAAGUCAAUAGGAACCAGAAACGAGUCAUUUGUAUCUGUCCUAAGGACCUACCUAAUUUUAUUUAAAAUGUUUCAUUUAGACUAAUUUGUUAGUAUUUGUUGAAUGGUGUAAUAAUUAAAAUACUAUAGACUGCUUAGAAUAAAACAAUAUAAAAUUUGAUAUGGAAAAUGCUUUCACUUACAAUUUUAAUGAUGUCUCUUGCCUUAAUAUAUUAUAUUAAUGGGUAUUUUUCUUCAAGAUUCAAAGUCAUGCAAUUGAAUUAUUAACAUAAAAUCUCAAUGUGAGAGACAGAAUGAUAAACCUGAUUUAAUAAUUCUCCCACAAUGCAGCUCAACAAUGGUUUGCUUCUUCUGGAAGGAGAGGCAGAAGCUUUAAAGCUAGAAACCACAACAUAUUUCUCACUUCUGCCAGAGAGAGCAUACAAGGAAGGCUCAGCUAGCCAGACACAUUUUAGACUAGCAGAGUCUCAAUUCUACCGACUGCUUACUGGAGAUGUGACACCCACGUAAGUAAUAUUGUCAUAGGCAAUGUGUCUCUUAACUUGUAAAUAAAUGGCUCGUAACCUCAAUAUCCGAAAAGACUCCACUGUUGCUGUAAACAUCAAUAUGAAUUAACUUUUUUGUAAAAAAGAUUAUUAGCAUUUUAUAAAUGUUUAAAAAAUAUUAAAAUCAGAGUUUUUGGGAAAAGAAGAAAAAAAUUAAUUGCUCAAUCUUCUUUUAAAUUAAUAGAGAAUGUAAAUUAAUUUAUUAAAGUAAUAAUGUGUUGUUUUUUUUCUAAAAUAACUAUAGAAUAUUUUUAUUUCAGAAUAAGAGUUUUGAAAGUUGACUACGUAGUUUCACCUAAAGUUGUUAAAAAAUUUCGGUAAGUCAAUUAUCUUAUUUAUUUCAUAUCACUCACAAAUCACAAAAAAAUAUUUAGAUUAAAAUUGUUAAGAUCAUCUGUUUUAUUGAAAUUGAUUUAUUUAUCCAUUUCUCUAUAAAAUAAUUGCAAAUAAUGCCAUUUAAAUAAAAUUUCAGAGAAUUCCAGAAAAAGUUAAAGACAUCAAGAGGGGAAGAGUUCUCUUAUCCUAUUCUGGGUUUCCACGGAACAGAUCAGAAAAAUAUUCGCCCCAUUUGUGAGAAUGGUUUCAAGGCCCCAGGUACUUGAUAUUUAAAAAAAUUCUGUUAACUUAAAUUUUAUCAUUUUAAAAUUUAUACCUGUUUUAGUUUUAGAAAGCCAUUGCUUUCCAGUUCUAAUCAAUUUAUGUGGUGUUUUAUUUUAUUCACUUUGUACUUAUAAUUUUUUUUAAAUAUAUAGACAUUUCAAAUACAAGUUCAUGAAAAUGAUCAGUAUGAAGUGACUGGUACAAGCAACUAUAACGAAAAAAGUGCUGAUAAAAAAAUAAUUACUUUUCUAAAAUUUCAUUUUGGGUGAAUAAUAGAAUACCCUGUGAAAUUUUAAAGCUUUUUUGAACCAAGGAAGUUGUAUUUUUAGAUGGGAAAAAUAUAAUUAACUUUUGAAAAAUAAAUAUUUUACUCAUGUUUAAUUUUCCCUAAUUAACUUUUGAAAAAUAAAUAUUUUACUCAUGUUUAAUUUUCCCUAAAGGUGAGAAAGGGUUCAAGCAUAAAACUGAUUCUGGCUGGUAUGGGGCUGGUGUCUACUUUAGUGAGUUUACUUAUUACUCAAUGGCAUAUAUAACUGGCUGCUCAGAACUGAUGCUGUGCCAAGUGUUGCCAGGGAAAGUAAGUCUUGUUUUUUAAUGUAUUUUUUCCUUUCACACUUUUAUUAUUAAAAAUUAAUUUUGCACAAAAUAAAUUUUCAACCAAGUAAGACGUUAAUGAGUUAAAAUGUCAUGAUCAUUUGUUCCUUAAUGGUUCUAAUGUUAUAAAUUGUCUAAAACACUUUAGGUGUUUUUGGGGUUUUUUUUUUACAUCUUUGUUUUGAAAAAAGGACAUAAAACCUAUUGAAUUUAUUCCAGAGACUGUAACUAUAAAGGUAUUAGUAAGCAGAAAGUAUAUUUUUUGAAAACCUGAAGAAGAAAAAAUGCAUUAAAAAAAUUUGAUAUGUUUUAUGCUUCCUGUAAUUCAUUUUACUGUAAGCAUUUUGAUUGGCAUACACAUAUGGACCUAUGCUCACGAAAGGUUUGCUGUAUCAAACAACACAACACAUUCAACAUUUUGUUAGCAAUUAUAUUUUAGUAUGGACAUAACAUGAAACUGCUAUAACAUCAGCUUCUCACAUGAAGAGUCCUUGUUGAUUAUUAUCUCCCUUAGAAUAAAUAAAUGGUUUUCAAUUGAUGUAAUCCUUGUCAAGAUUCAGCUAAAAAUUUAAAUAAAUGAAGAAAAAAAACUUAAUCUGUCUGAAAUAUGAAACAGUUUCAUCCCCCAGAAAUCAUUGAUACAUGUAUUCUAUUUGGUUGCCAGGUGUUUGAAUGCCCAUCACUUAUCCACGGAGCUACGCUGCAAACUGGCUAUGACUCACAUAUGUCCCCAUGCAAAAAAGAGCUGGUCAUUUUCAACACAGCGGCCAUUCUGCCAUGUUACAUCAUCUACUUUGGUGAUGCCAAGGGAGCUUUCAAGUAUGGGGAUGGGGGAGAGCUGGUGAGAUGUUUGCAUUCAAUGUCCUUAUAAUCUUCUGAUUAUUAUUUGGGGGCCUUCCAAAAAUGAAGUCAUGCACCUAAAAAUGAGGUGAGGUUGGGGGGGGGGAGGGGGGGAGUUGACCAAUUUGUGGCAAUGUAUUAUGAGGCUGUGUAGGAAAAUUUGUGAUGAUGGAAUGUGGGUGGAUGGGCAUAAAAAUUGUUUACCUUAUAAUCUUCUGAUUAUUAUUUGGGGGCCUUCCAAAAAUGAAGUCAUGCACCUAAAAAUGAGGUGAGGUUGGGGGGGGGGGAGGGGGGGAGUUCACCAAUUUGUGGCAAUGUAUUAUGAGGCUGUGUAGGAAAAUUUGUGAUGAUGGCAAGUGGGAGGAUGGGCAUAAAAAUUGUUUUAAAAAAAAAGAAUUAUUUGUGAAUGGCCCCUUACUUGUGUCUAAUUUAUUGUUUUAAAUAAGAAAAAUGUUAUAAUGUAAUGCAUCAGUUUAUACUUGUGUUAUAAGGGGGUGAUGACCUUUUGAUUUUGGCCCAAUAAAACAGUAGUGAUAAACAUUGUUAAAGAUUGCAAGAAAGAUUGGCAUUAUUUAUUUGUAGUAACUCCCCUGGCAUGUCCAAAUAAGUUUUAGAACAACAUCCCAGUGAUGACUUGGCAUUUUUAAGUUAUUACAAUACAAGUUGCUUCUUUGGCAUCCUUCAUAACAUGAUAAGCUCCAAGCUAUGCAGCUCUGAGUAAUUCACUACUGGUCCACUUUGAUACAGUGACUGUAGCUCAUCACUUCUGACUUUUGAAGAACUAAUUUGGUUCGUUUACCAUUUCUUCAUAUUUAUAUUGAAAUUUUUUUCAAGCCUACAAGAAAUACUUUUCUUAAAGCUAGGCCCAGUACGGCAGACAUAAACGCCGGAAUUAUUUUAACUUGUAAUCAUGUAUUGGAUUGGUGAUCCAAGCCAAACCAAUUACAAAACUUGCUGUUGUGGGGAAUAAUAAUUUCCUGAAUAACAUAUUUAGCACCUUUACUCUAUUUAUCAGCUCUUAUGAGAGGUUUUCCACACAGAAGAAAAAAUGUAGGAGUUGAUAAGAUUUUAAUAUAUUACUUUGUUUAAUUCAGGCUACAUGUGAUCAGUUGUACAGUGAUGCCCUGCUCAAGCCAUCCAGCAAGUAAGUGAAACUUUUGUGGCUACACUUAAAUUUAUAUAGGAGGAUCUUCUUGGAAGACUUACACUGUUAAAUCACUGUUAUCAAACCUUAACAUUAUCAAGCUUAAGGCUCCGACAAAGGGAGGGGGGGGGACAGAAAUAAGUAGUGGUUUCCUUUGCGUGUCAUAUCCUUCGACUGUCAAGAAAAAAAGUGAUAUAACAAACAUUUUAAAAAAAUGUUCUUUUUUUAUUUCUACAGAGUAUUCACGGGAAUGAAAUUUACUCUGUUGGGCAAAAUGGCUGACACCCAUGGAAAUUUAUUUAAAUUGAUUUUGCAGCACGGAGGAAAGAAGGGUAUUUCUAUAUUCACCUGUAUAAAAAAACAACAACAAUGUCGAUGAAUGAAAAGUCUGAAAUAUUAUUAGAAAUAAACACAAAAAUAAUUUUAAAUUAAGCAUUAAUUAACUUUAAUUAAACAUUAAAUACUUUUAAUUAAAUAUUAAAUAAUUGCUGAGAUUUAAUUAUUGUAUGUAAAAUAUCAAGUAUUAAAAGGAAUCUUAAAAGUCAUUUAAUCAAAGAAUAGUGAAUCUCUUAAAUACAUUAUAAAUUAAAAGUAACUAAAUUUACUUUCAUGAAACAUAAUGUGACAUGUGUACUGUGUACAUUCCAGUGAUAAGAAACUUAGAGGCAGCAAAAUUAUAUUUUUCUUGUAUUUUCUGCCUUAGCAACGAAGGCGACUUUCACUGUCCUGGUAACGACCAAAGAAGAUGGCGCUGUGGUCUCAGAUGCUAAAAAUAGAUAUGUAAGUGUUGUAUGCACUCUGUAUUGUACUUCUAUGGCUUGGUAUUAGUUUUAGUACAAUACUUGUUGAGUACAAUACUUUGUUCUACCCCAUCUUCAUUUUUUGGGUGUGGGCAAAGCAAAGACAGACAAUUUACAAUCCUGAGUUAAGUCAGGCAUCAGACUCUGUGGCUUUUUUCUCAUUACUUGUCUGAAGAGUGCACUCCACCUGACCUUAACAAUAACAGACAAAAUUGGACCGUCGAUCACUUGGUCGUGUAGCAGAAAUUAAAUAAAUUCUCUUGUAACUUGUAGAAGUGAUCAAAGUUGCCAAUUCAAAGUUGACCAUUGAUUGAGCUUAAAAGGUGUGCUGUUUGAAGUAAUCCCGUUGCCAGCUGGUCAUUCCCAAAGCCUCUGAUCAGUUUUGAGGCUGAUAUCGUUCUCCUCAUUUUAAAGUUUUUUAUCUUCAAAUGUUUCAAUCAACUAGUGAUAAAAUUAUCAUUAUAUUUAUUACAUGCAGAGUUACCGGUGUCAUUGUUGAUUGUUUUCCACACACAAAUAUAUAUAUUUUUAUAUAUUUGUAUAGUCUAUAUAUAAUCAGUUAUAGUAGUUAUUUCACUGUGCUUUUAGUCAUCUGAAACUUAUCAUAAAUGAACAUAAGAGUCUUAGGCUAAUUUAGUACAUCAAUUAUGUAUGUAAUUUAUUCAGCCUUGCUUUUGAUUUUCCAGAGCCAAAUAUUUAAACAUUUAAAAAAAUUUUUUUUUUUUUUUUUUUUUCUUCUUACAGAUUCCCGUUAUUCGAGAGGCUUACAUUUAAAAAUGUAUUCUCCAAAACAAAAAGCUGCUCUUCAAAAACUUUUAUUAGUACAUCAAUUAUGUAUGUAAUUUAUUCAGCCUUGCUUUUGAUUUUCCAGAGCCAAAUAUUUAAACAUUUAAAAAAAUUUUUUUUUUUUUUUUUUUUACUUCUUACAGAUUCCCGUUGUUCGAGAGGCUUACAUCUACAAAUGUAUUCUCCAAAACAAGAAGCUGCUCUUCAAAGACUUUUCGCUGUAAUAAAUUAUCUGUGCCUGGGCCAGGACAAAUGGGCAUUCAUUUUGCAGCUAGUAUGUUAAUUUAGACAAAACAUUUAUACGGGGUAUAUGUACCUAGUCUGGAUUUUCUUUUCAUAUAUUAUAGAUCUCU